AUGUCCUCCAACGUCGGCCUCACCACACCCCGCGGCAGCGGUACCUCGGGAUACGUGCAGCGGAACCUGUCGCAGCUCAAGCCGCGCGACCAGGCCGCACCCUACACCAAAGAUUACGACCAGAUCAAGCAACUCCGCCAGCGCCAGCCUGACCAGGGCAUCCUCGAGCACGACCGCAAGCGCGAAAUAGAAGUGAAGGUGUUCGAGCUCCGUGACCGCUUGGAAGACGAAGGUGUCGACGAAGAUGAGAUCGACGACCAGUGCGAUGCACUUCGCAAGAAGCUUCAGAAGGAGGCCGACACGUCCAACGAGCGCCUCGACAAGGCCAAGGCCCGCAAUCUCAAACAGCACCAAGUCCACGAGCUCGCCGCCGCCAAGAUCGAGGAGAGCGAGAAGCUGAGGAAGGCGUUGGGGAUCAGCAAGGACUACGAGGAAGGCAGCCAUUGGAGGAGACAGGAGGAGAGACUGCGCGAGACCAUGAAGAAAGAAGCCGGCGAUGACGAGGAUCGGAGGAGGGCCAGGGAUGAAGACAGCGAGUAA